AAACACCGUCCCCCACGGGUGCCCGCGGACAAACUGCGUUCUGCCCUUCUGGAGGCCAUUGGCGGCGGUGCGGAGGACUCCUCCAACAAAAACGGCCAACAGGACGAGGGAAACGAGGAUGGGGAGGAGGAGAUCGAUGAAGAGGAGGAAGUCAUCGACUUAAACGCGCCUGGCGAGGGGCAGGAGGAGGAAGACGAGGAAUACGACCUCUCAGAGGACGUCGGUGUGCGCGAUCGUAGACCGCCGCUUGUUCUCAAACACGGACGGCGUAAAACUCGAAUGUCCGAUAGCGAGGACAGUGAUGGCAAGCGUCCGCAUAAAAAACGAAAAGGCGAGGCGGAAGUUGAUCCGGCGGAAAGGAAGAAGAGGAGGAAGAAUUUAAAGGAAGACGACCGAUUCGACGACUUCCUCCUGAACCCCGCCUUCGGUGUCAGUCAAAUGCACCGCAACUACAAGGAUGCUUCGGAGUUUCUGAACUUUAUGCGUCGGCGGCGGGCUCCAAAGGUGGUGGGCUCGAUGAAGUCCUGA